UCGUUUAGUAUGGCGGCGCUUAGAGAGCAGCCUGCACCGGGGACAGAAUAGGAUAUGUAGUAAAGAAACAGUGCAGACUGCAGAUGCUACUGGUUUUUCAUCGGGCACAGACAUGAUACGAGAUUCGUGGUGUUCGGGACACAACAACAUGCUGAAGCGCUUAUUGAUGUUGCAAUGUGUCUUUAGUAUUCGUGCCAGAGAUUCCCUGCUUGAUGAUUUGCUGCUGCCGUAUCCUCUGUUUUCCCAGCAUGGUCCAAGUCACAGCAAUCGUAAAGUUCGGGACUGCCAGCCCAUUGCGUAUGGUAAUAGAACACAUGAAGAAUGGCCCAGCAUUAAGAACAUAACUCUUCCAUUGACUACAACAAAAAUAUUUGAAUAUAACUUUUUUGGCUCAGUAAUCUAUGGCCACUUUACAUAUAUAAACCAUCCUCUGAGGACCUUUUCUGUUUUGGAACCUGGUGGACCAGGAGGUUGUGAUAGAAACAGAACAGAAACUGUGGAAUUAACGGCAAGACAUGGAAAGUGCAUUGUUGCUCAGAAUGGUGGAUUUUUUGAUGUAAAUACUGGGAGUUGCAUUGGGAAUGUUGUGAGCAAUGGUAAGCUGGUGAGAAACUCCAAAGGAAUUCAGAAUGCUCAGUUUGGAAUAAAGGCAGAUGGUACAAUGGUUUUUGGCUAUUUGUCGGAAGAGCAAGUUUUAGAUGAGGAAAAUCCCUUUGUGCAGCUGUUAAGUGGAGUUGUGUGGCUGCUUCGUAAUGGAGAGGUUUAUAUUGAGGACAGUAAAACUGCAGAAUGUGAUAAAGUUCAAACUACAGGUAGUCUUGAUCAUUUUAUUAAUGUCAGAUCUGCUAGAACUGCAAUUGGCCAUGACAAAAAUGGAAGGCUAAUCCUGUUUCAUGUAGAAGGGAAAACGUAUGAAAGAGGCUUCAACUUGAUUGAAAUGGCAGAAUUCUUAAAAGAUAAUGGAGUUGUUAACGCCAUAAACUUGGAUGGUGGAGGGUCAGCUACUUUGGUGUUGAAUGGGACACUUUCUAGUUACCCAUCUGAUUACUGUGUUAAUAGUACAAUUUGGCAUUGCCCAAGGAAGAUCUCAACUGUUGUUUGCGUCCAUGAACCCUUCUGUGAUCCUGCUGACUGUGGAAGUCAUGGGCAGUGUGUUAUUGGAGAGUGCCAAUGUACAGGCUAUUGGACUGGGCCUGCCUGCAAAGUUCUUAACUGUGGUCAGUCAAACUGCAGUGGACAUGGGAAUUGCACAGAAGAUGGCUGUAUGUGUGAGACUGGCUGGGAGGGCAGUUCCUGCAGUAAAGUAGGUCCAUGUUGGGAAUCGAAACCCAGUUUAUUCACUGAGCAAACAUGGAGCAUUGUAACUGCCACACUUGCAGUUCUACUUUUGAUCAGUGCAGCUUUCAAUGUAAGACAGGCUUCCAGAUGUGGAGAGAGGAGGCAUGAAGACAAGAUAUACUCCUACCAACGACUACAGGAAUUAAGUGAAAACAUGGACGUUACAGACAUGUGUGAGCCCUGGGAUUUGUACCCACCGGAAUAUAAAAGGGAGAACCAUCAUGUUGAAGAAAAUUAUUCAAAUUGAAUGUAGUUUUUAUUUUAAAUAUGUAUUUUAAUAUUUAAGCAUUAUUAACUAAUUAAUAAUGCAAGCUGUGAUAACUCUGCUACCAAAGUGCCUUAGGUUCAAUUCAGUGUUGGGAAGAAACUAUAUGGUUAAUGAAUUACAGUAGGAUGUAUUGGACUUUCUCGGUGACCAAUUUUUAGUAUUAACUGUGAAUAUUUUUUAUGACACUGGAUAUGUAUAUGAAACUUUUUUAUGUGUUUUUUUUUUUAAUUCUUCAUAUUACUGAAGUGCCAAAGGUUCUGAGAGGUGUUUAAAUAGUUUUUUUGCUUGUCCAUGGUACACAAAGUCUAACAUAUUAGCUUUCAGAAGUUAUAAAACAGAAGAUUAAAAAAAAUGUUAGCAUAUUUGUACGUACUUUAACUUAUUUAUAUUCCAAAAUGAUAGGUGAAACAUUAUACAUUUGUAUCAAUAUAGUGCAAUGUAUACUUGAGACGCACAAUUUUUCCAUAUUUAAAAAGUAGAUGGGGUACAGGGUCACAUGUAUAAUUUACUAAGACUGUCUAAUGUAAUUCCUAAUAGCCUCCCUAAUGUGUUUAAAAAAUGAGUUUAUAUAUGUUUAUCUUUUAAAUAUAUAAGAAUAUUAGAACAUAUGCCCAUGCAUAUGUCACCAAGGUUUUAAAAUAAAUUUAGCCGUAAACACACA